AUGUCAGCGCUGGUUCACCUGGCUCGCGGAAUGCGUUUGGUACUGUCAUACAAUAUCAUGUGCCAGUGGUUGCGCCAUCUUUUGGAGUGGAUUGCUGUCCUACCGGACCAUCUGCGGAUCGAGCUACCCAAAGAGGAAGUGCGUUAUGCAAUUCCAAAGUACCAUUUCAAUGGCCACAAGGAAGAACGCCACAACCAGUUCUCCUUCAACCUCAAGCAGGGAAUAGGUCGCACCGACGGCAAGGAAGUCGAACGUGGGUGGUCGCGCUUCGAUACUGUGGCCGGCAGCACCCAGGAGAUGGGACCAGGUUCUCAAGAGGAGACCCUCGAGGACCAUAUGGAGUAUAACGAUAUGGAGAAAUACUUUACGAUGGGAACAUCUCUUGAUAAGCGAGAGUGUACAGCCGUCGCUAGCUACGUUAAGUUUGACUGCCUGCACCAGACGUUUACCACCGACUUGCAGCCAUCGCAUGUUGCCAAAUGGACAGCGACGAUUGUCGUGUAUGAGGCUGACAAGUCAUUGCCCGACCCCUAUUACUUGAAGCCAACAGGUAUGAGUGAAUCAGAGAUCCAGAUGGAGCUUUUGCAGCAAGAGGAGGAAGAGGCGAAUCAAGGAUGCAUUCUCCUACACGAGAUUACACCUGCGUCAAUGCUCUCAACUCUUCUGGAUCUAGAAGAACAACAACAGAAGUUCAGGACCAAACAUGCUCCUACCGCAAACUGCACUCCAUCCCAGAUGGCUGAAGUCAUUGCAAAACGGGCAUCCCUUCACCAUCGCAUCAACAUGAUACGCAUUGUGCAAGCAAUCUACAUGCCCUGCGUCCCCUUAAAGCUCGCGCUGCAUCGCCAGUCCCUGGCCACGAGCGCGAAUGCCAACUCAUCAUGCAGCACUUCAUUGGCAAGCAGUCGUACACGCCCCCCUGCCAGUGUUGACAUAAUAGAUCUACCGGAGAGCCAGCCCCUGUUUCUUCUCAGCACCCUCAACCAUUCUGAGCUGAAUACCUGUGUUGCUGGCCUAGCAGACAUGGAAUCAAAACUCAGAGAUGGACAGCUAGCCGACAGCCUCGACAAGCUACGCAUACAUCUCCAUAUCCACUCUCGCCUGGUCGGCUAUCGAGAUUGGCACGUACGACACCAAUGGCCCAGCACUCGAGCACGCACAAAGAUCGAUCAAAACAAGGUGAAGAUCAAGGCGCUGAAGUCCAAAUACCAGGCUGCGCAUGCAGCAAAGCUGUUGCUAGUCAGCGGAGAUGCUUGGGAGCAACGAUGA